AUGGAAGCCUUUUUGAGCUCAGACCCCACCUUCCCUUUAUGUGUUGACGCGUUUUGUAAAAGAGAAGGCUUCAGGAACCUAGAUUCAUCUGACCCCAUUGCUAACCACGACACCUACCCUGAUCAUAGCUGUGGAGGAUGUGGAGGAAGUGACAGUACUCCGGCUCAAGACGUCGAUCCAUCAAACACGUUAGCAGGUGGUUACAUAAAUAACAGUUGCUCUGCAGAAAAGGAUGUGAAUUGGACUGGACUUUAUAACCCUCAAAGUAUCCAAUCCACCGUACCACAGCUAUUUCAUCAAAGCCAGCUUGCGCCCACCAACAGAAAACGAGGAACACUGCCGUCU